GCUGUUUGUGGUUCGGGUCUUUGGUCUUUCGGUAUCCUGCCAAAGGCACGGCCCUCGUUGUAUGCAGCGUUGCGUGCCUUUCAACAUGGGUGUUCGGCGAGGUCAAGUUGCCUUCGCUGGGACCCUUGUAGCAGCGAAUUUCGCUCCAUUUCGCUUUUCAAGCACCUUCGCCUUCCCUGCUGCAUCCCCAGAGGCUCUUGAAGCGCCCGAGAUCACAUGGACUGAGCCGUGUGCUCACUAUGGCCAUCGCUUUCAUUCCAAGAAGCUGCCUGAGGGCCUGAGGUAUUGCCGCGAGUUCAUCACAUCCGCAGAAGAAGAUGGCCUAGACCAGUUGCUGUCCGAUGGCCCAUGGCUUAGACACAUCAAGAGCAGAGCCCAGCAAUUCUUCGGCCUGGUGUACUAUGAGACCACACACGAGCUACCGGCACUUCAGCCGAGCCAUCCACACGCUGAGAAUGAGGCCAGGCCACUUCAAGAUGUCCCAGAUUGGUUGAUGCAGCGAGUCUUCGCCACGGGGGUGUUUCCGAGAAACGAAGUGAAUCAGGUGGCGGCCAACGAGUACUUGGAUCGUGCUGGAAUCUCCUCCCAUGUAGAAGAGCCGACGUCCUUUGGUCCGAACUUGGCCACACUCUCCAUGCUCUCUCCAGUGGAGAUGACGCUCACCCCCGCAGAGGAGGAUCUGCACGGCAGGGAUGGCCUGGAUCACGGCAACUGGGUGAAGAUUCUGCUGGAGCCCAGGAGUUUGCUGCUCCUCCAAGGUGAGAGCCGCUAUGGCUUUCGACACGGCAUCCGAAGGUCCAAGCUGGUUCGCUUAGCCGAUGGACAGCAGCUGCGGAGAGGUCCAGGCUAUCGCAGGGUGUCCUUGACCUUCCGAGAGCUCUUGCCAAGCCGUCGGCAGCUGGCAGAUGUUGCCUUCCGCGAGAGUGCGUGGGUGGUGAGAAAGCGUGAGAAGCGGGGCAGGACUGAGCAGGGCUGGGCAGCUGAACCAAUUCAAUCAUAGUGGCACAUGCAGGCUGAAGAUGUGCAGUUGCAGUUUCCAUGAUGAUGCUGAGGAUCUUGAUGAGAAGCUCUUGAUUAUGCGGUGCUCAAGGUAAGUCUACCGGUCC